CGCGUCGCCCUUAGCGACAUCCCGGCGGCCCGGCCAUGUCGGAGGACGAGGAGGGGCCGGCGGCGGCUCCGGCGGAGAAGGCGGUCCGCAGCCAGCGGCUGUUCGUCAACCGGCUGGACUCGUACGGAGGCAGGAACAUCGCCGAGCACUUGUCCAAAUGUGUGGUUGGAGCCUCUCUGGAAGAAGUAGAAGAAGAAGAGGAAGAGGAUGAUGAAAAUAAAUCGAUCUCAGCUGAAAAUAUAAUAGGAAAAGCAAAGGAGGGCACAUUUCAGAUAGUAGGAACGCUAUCCACUGCAGAAAGUGAAAUUCCAAAUUUUGCUCUGGAAACCUACUUUAACCUCUCUCGAGAAUCGCUUCAAACACACCUGCUUGAGUGUGAUGUUAUAAUUUAUAACAUCAAUGAAAAUGCAGAGCAAAUAGAAGAAUCCGUGUGGGCUGUUUCUGCAUUACACUCCAUGAUGGACCAUUUCGUAAACCGAAAGACAUUUAUCUUACUCUCCACGGUGAUGACAUGGGCACGAACCAAACCCUUUGAUCCUGAUGAUCCCGAAAUUCCUUUUACUGAAGAAGAUUAUCGCAGAAGGAAAGCACAUCCUAACUUCAUAGACCACCUAAAUGCUGAAAAAACUGUAAUCAAAUUAGGAAAAACUAAUAAACAGAAAUUUUCAACGUAUGUAGUUGCCGCUGGACUUACAUAUGGAGCAGAAGGAGGAAUCUUACAUUCGUAUUUCAAGAACGCUUGGUUGGGUGAGAUUCCCGCACUGCCCAUUUUUGGUGAGGGAACAAAUAUAAUUCCGACAAUUCACAUCCUUGAUUUAGCAGGAGUGUUACAAAAUAUAGCAGAUCAUAGGCCAAGGACUCAUUACCUAAUUGCUGUGGAUGACUCUCUUCAUACUCUGGGAGAAAUAGUUAAGUGCAUCAGUAAAAAUGCCGGCUCUGGAAAAGUCCAGAAAUUUCCCAAGGAAAAUGCUUUCUUAUCCAAAGACCUGACACAAGCGUCUCUAGACCACUUACUGGUGAAUCUGCGAAUGGAAGCUGUAUUUUUGAAGGAAAAUUUUAACAUUAGAUGGGUCGCUCAAGCGGGAUUGGUGGAGAGUAUUGGAAAAAUCUUCAAAGAGUACAAGAAAAAAAGAGGAUUAUUGCCAAUCAAGAUUUGUAUUGUCGGUCCUCCUGCAGUGGGAAAGUCUACCAUCGCCGAAGCCCUUUGCCAACAUUACAAACUACAUCACAUUCAAAUAAAGGAUGUGAUUUCUGAGGCCAUAGCAAAGCUGGAGCUCACCGUUGCACCUAGACCUGAAGUGGAGCAAGACGAACAAGAAGAAGCUGAGGAAGAAGAAGAAGACAAUAUAGAAGAUGCUCAGGAGCUCUUAGACGGAGUCAAAGAGAACAUGGAGCAGAAUGCAGGUCGACUAGAUGAUAACUUCUUGAUUAGAUUCAUGAAAGAAAAACUGAAAUCAAUGCCUUGUCAGAAUCAAGGUUACGUUUUGGAUGGAUUUCCAAAGACCUACGAUCAAGCAAAAGACUUAUUUAAUAAUGAAGAGGAGGAGGAGGAAGAAGAAAUCAGAAGCCACCUACCUCCCUUUGAUAAAUUAAUCAUGCCUGAUUACGUUAUUGCUUUGGAUGCAUCCGAUGAGUUUCUGAAAGAGAGGGUAAUGAAUCUUCCUGAGAGCAUCGUAGCCGGAACUCAUUAUUCUCAAGAUCGAUUCUUGAGGACUCUUAACCUCUUUCGGGAUAUCAACACGGAGGACGAAACUGUUCUCAACUAUUUUGAUGAACUUGAAAUCCACCCUCAGCAUAUCGACGUAGGUAAAUUCGAAGAUCUCCAGAACAGAUACGUCAUCAAACAACUCAUCAAAGACAUCGGCGAGCCUCGGAACUACGGUUUAACAGAUGAGGAAAAAGCCGAAUUACAGCGCAAAGCAGCGGAGGCUCGCCUCGCCAAGGAAGCGGCCGCGGAAGCCGAACGGGAACGAAAGGAAGCAUUGGAGAAAGCUGAAAAGAUAGCUCGCUGGGAGGAAUGGAAUAAACAACUAGAGGAAGUGAAGAGAGAAGAACAAGAAUUACUGGAGGCCCAGUCCAUUCCCCUGAGGAACUAUUUAAUGAAGAAUGUCAUGCCAACGCUCCUGCAAGGCCUAAAUGAAUGCUGUAAGGUCAGGCCAGACGACCCAGUUGAUUUUCUGGAUUCUGCAAUUCAUCUGCAGCCAGAACUGGACUUUUGUUUCUAGGUUAAAAUCGAACAGGCAGAAUAUCUCUUCAAGAAUAAUCUUGAAAUGGAAUGAGUUUUUCACCCAUAUUUUCAGCUAGAGAUGUUUAACAGUUAAUUGUAUGUGAAAUAGAUUUUUUUCACUGGCUCUGGUUAGGGGUUUUUUUUUUUUUCCUUUUCUGCAGAGUUAGAUGUGCUCCUUCAAUUAAAACUCAGGGCCAAGAGAUGGUAUACACUCAGUUCGGUCAGAAUACACGUUUUCAUUACACGUUUUGAAUAGAAUGCAAAGACAAAAUUAGGGACCAUUCUUUGAUAGCACUCAUUUAUCCAGAUAAAUGAGAUGAGGGAUCAGAAGAAAGGUGGCAUGAAGGGGCGCGGCGUCGAAAGAAGUUCGACGACGCAUAUUUUCCUUCAACACUGCGUCCGUAAGAAUGCUUUCCUUCAACACCCGCGUCACGGCAGAACUGCAUGUCCUGAAAAUAAGCUGAAAGAAAUGUUGGUUAUAAGGUCUUCAGCUGUGUUUUGAAAAUAAUGAACUGAGACUUCAUUCCUUAUACAAAUUUGGACAUAUUGCUUUGGUUAUCACUAAUGAUUUGGAAUGUUAAAGAGCAGCUUCAGUUAAACUACAUGGUAAGAGAAAAA